UUGUAUAUAGAUAUUUUGACCAUCGCGGCGAACCAGUUUCUGUUCUCUUCUGCUCCAAGAUGGCAUCUCUGUCCGCCGAGGAUAUCGCAGCGCUCUCCUUGUACGAUCCCAAGAACUGGGAAGUGCAGUUGCACCAGACGGAACAACGCAUAGCCCUCAUCACGCAGUGGGACGUCCAAUGGCAGGGCGCCAAGGUGCUUGAAAUCGGCUGCGGUCAAGGCGACUGUACAGCAGUCCUUGCUGAGGCUGUAGGUCCCGAGGGACACGUCACUGCGGUCGACCCCGCACCGCUCACCUACGGUGAGUUGUCGCCAUAGGGCACAGCACACCGCAUUCUGACAGACGCCCACCCACCAGGCAGCCCAUUCACGCUCGGCGAAGCGCAGGCUCACCUCUCCAAGGGACGGCUCGGCGAGCGCAUCACAUGGACGCAAGCCGACCCCCUCAGCUUCCUGCGCACAGACACGUCUGUCGCGCAGUACGACGUCGUGGUGCUCGCGCACUGCCUCUGGUACUUCGCCUCGCCCGCGCUCAUCGCCGAGACGCUUCGCGUCGUGGGCACCCGCGCAAAAAAG